AUGGAAGAUGACACAAAAAUGGCUCAAGAACAAGAAGAUCAAUCGAGAACCAAUUGUAUCAAUGGUGGUAGAUCUACAAAAAGGCCAAAGCAAAAGAAGGUUCCACAAAGAGGUCUUGGUGUAGCACAGCUUGAAAAAAUACUAGAAGAACAACACAUGAAAGAUGGUGUUGUGAUUUCACCAUCCAAAAAUCCAUCAACAUCUUCAUCAUCACCAACAACUAUAUCAUCUUAUUUGCCUCUUCCAAUCAACAAUUUUAACCAUUCCAAUGUAAAAGAUGGUGCUUUCAUUUUACCAUCACAAAAUUCUACUUCAUCCUCGUCUUCGUCGCCAUCAUCGACAACCAUAUCAAACUAUUUGCCUCUCCCAAUUACCAAUUACAAUCACAUGAACCAAAAUUCCUCUCCUAGUCAUUUACCUUUACCACCACUAGAUUUUAGAUCUCCAAUGUCACUGCAACAUUUGGAUGGUAAAGGUUCUGGUACUGUUCCAUUGAACAACAGUGGUGUGUUUGGGAAUGUGCCUAAGUUUUGGAGCUCUCGCGAGUUGGAUUUUGAGAAGGAGAGUUUUGGUAUGGAACAUGGAUUGCCCUUUGUUCCUAGUUUGCCUUUUGAUUCUAAUCCAAUUUGGCCUCUGCCUAAUUGGGUCCAGAGAUCACAAUUUCAUCAUCAACCUUCAUCACAAGUGGUGAAUAAUUCCUCAGGAACUUCAUCCACUCGUGUGCCUCAGUUGUCAAUUGAGCCCCCUUCAAACCAAAAUAGUACUAGCAACGGUACGCCGGUUAGGCCGGCGGAGAAGAUGAUGACUGGCAUGAAAAGGCCAUACCCUUUCUCCCUGGAUUAUUCGCAAACACCUCUAAAUUAUAAAUUUCCCUCCAUUGGUCAAGUGAGUACAAAUGGAAGAACUUCAUGUGAGAGCGAAAGUGGAUUUCAUCUCGAUGCUGCCAAUUCAACUUCCAGAGAAUCUCAAUCUUGUUCAGCAUCCAACUCGGAUCCGAAGUCGAAGAAAAAGGAUAAAGGGAUUAAGGAAUUUGAUGGAAGUUUCCUCACUUUGGCUCCUCCAACUCCUCCUACUUCAUGUGCAGUUUCACCGUCAAAACCACUAGAAUUGAACAACGAAGAAUCCCCUGAGAAAAAUAUAGAAGAUCAAUUCUCUAUUCCACCAGGAUACAAACUAGUCAAACAACAGAAGCAACAACCUACAUACAGCUUCAUUCCAGCAUCAAAGGAGACACAAAAUGGACAAACAUCAUCCAGAACUCAAAAUGGUCAUCAAGUGGAAGGAACUAUUGAUCUCAAUUUGAAGCUAUAA